AUGGAACCGGAGAAAGCUGACAAUUCCUUAAUGAACUUGUCAUUGUGCUAUGAGCGGAAGCCUCAAUUCGAGUUCAAGUGCGUCCUUGCAGACAAUUCCUUUUCCCCAUUUGAACACUUGAACGUGUCUUCCUCUACAGAGAAGUGUCAUCCCUUUCGCAAAGAGAUUGGUGCCUUGAUCGAUAAUCCUCCGGAACAUAGUUUUUGGACAUCAUUCACCAAAGAGGACACUUCAAAGGACUGCAUGUGGGUUGAUUCUAGUUUGCAGUUGAGGGAACUAGCAAACAAGUUGGCAGAACAAAACGUUUUUGCUGUUGACACGGAGCAACAAAAUUUACGAUCGUAUUUGGGUUUUACUGCACUUAUGCAGAUUUCUACACGAGAAGAGGAUUACUUAGUGGACACGGUUGCACUUCACGAUGAAAUGGCCCUUCUUCGUCCUAUUUUCACUAAUCCAAAGAUUUGCAAGGCAUGUUUGGUAUUGGAAAAGCCUCAAAAAUCACUCGAGGGUUUGCUACAAACUAUUUGUAAUGUAGACACAGACAAAACAUUACGGACUCGUGACUGGACAGAGCGACCACUCCCACCAAAGAUGUUGCGAUAUGCAAGAACGGAUACGCAAUAUUUGCUUUGGAUUGCCGAUGUUUUGGCUGCCGAGCUCAAAGAACUUAAAAAGUAUGAUGAGUGUAUUAGGAGGUGCAACAAAGUGUGCUUAACACUAUACGCCAAAGGACAAGAAGAUUUCAAAUUAGCUAAUCGGGAACAAUAUGAUUGUCGUGAACGUGCUUGGAAACUUUGUAUAUGGAGAGAUCUGAUGGCACGGAUCCACGAUGAAAGCAGAGAAUUUGUGUUAUCUAAUGAGGUUAUGCUUGAAUUUGCUCGGAAAGUUCCAACCACAUACGAUGUGUUUAAAUCAACCGCUGAUCAACAAAGAGGGGGGAAAAUUGAUGAGGUGUCGGUAAUUUUCCUGUGUCAUUAUGACGAUUACUUCAACCAGAUCAUGAGUGACAAGUCUGUAGCUCUUGAGACCGCUUUUCCACUUAUUCUUCAAAAGUGUCUGGGUAUGAAUGGAACGUGUGGGAUUAAUCUGUUGAAUUGUUCUCUUCUGGGAAAUUUCAUAAUCAUUCCUUUUUCCCUUCUGGUCAAAAAAAGUGGAAAACAAACUUCAAAGGUAUCACAGAUACCUAUACGCAAGCCUGACGUUGCUGUGUACGAGAGUGAUGGAACGUUGAAGUUUCGGUGUAACCAUGGAAAAGGGCAAUGGUAUCUGAAGAUGGGGCUUGCAGAACAGACUCAAAUUCAUGGAGAAUAUGCUUUACAGUUGAAGACUGAAACUUUGGGUGGUCCUGAAAAAGGAUUUGUGUAA